GCACUUAAAAUGUCUUUCUUGAUAGAUUUAAACAGAGAAAAUGGCGGACAGACCCAUGUGGGAGCAAGUUGGAACAAGCUUUGUACAUCUCUAUUACCAGCAUUUUGAUGCCAGCAGGGUUCAGCUGAGUGCUCUCUAUAUGGAUGCUUCUUGCUUGACAUGGGAAGGGCAGCAAUUCCAAGGAAAAACAGCCAUCAUGGAAAAGUUGAUGAGCCUUCCAUUCCAAAAAAUUCAACACAGCAUAACAUCCCAAGAUCAUCAACCAGCCCCUGAUAAUUCUAUCCUUAGUAUGGUAGUUGGGCAGCUGAAGGUGGAUAAUGAUCCAGUGAUGGGAUUCCACCAGUUGUUUGUUCUCAAGAAUAUUAGUGACAACUGGGUCUGCACCAAUGACAUAUUUAGAUUGGCUCUAUAUAACUUUGCUUGAUUUCCGCCCCUAUUCCUAAGCCUCUUUCUACUGCCACUCGCAAAUUUUUGACCCCCAAAUAAAUAAAACAAUUGUUCU